CAUCGCGUUGUUAAAAACAAAAUGGCGUUUUGUAACUUAUUUCUUUUGAUUCGUGUAAUUCAUUCGAAUAACCAGAUAAAUUAAAGUAUGCAAAUUAUUAGUUUAAAUUAACUCUAUAAUUCCGUUUGUGAACCACAUAAAUAGUCGUUAAAUUUCAAGUUAAUUUCGAAAUACAUUUGUUACGUUCAUUAUCAAGUGUGAAAUUUUUCAUUUGAAGAAAAAUCUGUUGGAUACGACGAGCACACACAUAUUUAUUGCAGCGACAGCAAAGAGAAAAAAAAAUCUACAAACAGAAUAAACUUUAAAACUCAUUUCUGUUCAUCAUUCAUACAUAAAAAAAAGGAACCAUCUUUAGCCAAUCGGACUGACAACAUUUUCCAUUUGUAAAGAUGCAAAUAUUUGUUGACUCAAUGAGAUUACCGUUUUAUUAUCUGCAUUAUUAAGACGACAUCAACACCGAAACUGACAAAAAUCACUCUUCUAUACUGUCGUUUUUCAGUUUAUAAUAAAAAAAAGAACGAACACCGGCCAAAAGAGAGAGAGCGUGUGAGAGAGAGCGAAGUUCAAUUAAAAACCAAUUGCAUCCGUAUCCAUAGACGUAUUUCAUCAAAAAUAUGGCUACGGAUACGAGACGACGUGUUAAAUUAUACGCAUUAAAUGCUGAGCGUCAAUGGGACGACAGAGGCACUGGCCAUGUAUCAUCAAACUAUGUGGACCGAUUGAAGGGCAUAUCACUAUUGGUGCGUGCCGAAGCAGAUGGUUCGCUAUUGCUUGAGAGUAAAAUUCAACCGGAAACUGCAUAUCAAAAGCAGCAGGAUACAUUGAUUGUAUGGUCUGAGGGUGACAAUUUCGACUUGGCGCUUAGUUUUCAGGAGAAAGCUGGAUGCGAUGAAAUUUGGGAGAAAAUUUGUAUCGUCCAAGGCAAAGAUCCAUCGGUUGAUAUAACACAGGAUAUUGUAGAAGAAUCAGAAGAUGAACGAUUUGAAGAAAUGUCAGACAGUGCACCGCCAAUUGAGUUGCCACCGUGUGAGCUGUCGCGUCUCGAAGAUAUUGCUGAGACAAUUGCAAACGGUUUGACAACGCCAUUACGAAAAGAUAAAUUGGCCAUGGCCAUCGAAUCAGAGAAUUAUAUAAAGAAACUACUAGGCCUUUUUCGCACAUGUGAAGAUUUGGAGAACCUUCUUGAUCUACACCAUUUAUAUGAAAUAUUUAAGAAUAUUUUUCUACUGAACAAAAACGCUUUGUUCGAAAUAAUGUUUGCCGAAGACACGAUAUUUGAUGUCGUCGGUUGUUUAGAGUAUGAAUCAACAGACGGACCGCCACGACAGCAUCGAAAGUAUUUGAAGCAUUUGGCCCGCUUUCGAGAGGCAAUUCCCAUCAAAAAUCAAGAUCUUCUUGCGAAAAUCCAUCAAACGUAUCGCGUUCAGUACAUACAGGAUAUAAUAUUGCCAGCACCAUCAGUGUUCGUUGAAGAUGCGAUGCUAAAUUCGUUGGCCAGUUUCAUAUUUUUUAAUAAAGUCGAAAUUGUGACGCUGAUACAGGAGGACGAACAAUUUUUGGUGGAAUUAUUUUCGAUUCUCACCGAUCAUAAUACGACCGAUGAAAAGCGACGUGACAUUGUGCUCUUUCUGAAAGAAUUGUGUAGCUUUGCACAAAAUUUACAACCACCCAGCAAAGAUGCAUUCUAUAAAACACUCACCUGUUUGGGCAUUUUGCAAGCACUUGAAAUUACACUUGUAAUGAAAGAUCAAAAGACUAAAUCCGCUUCCACUGACAUACUCACGGCAAUCGUUGAGUAUUCACCAACCAUUGUGCGAAAUUAUACAUUGCAACAAGUUGGUAAAACAGAUGAGGAACAAAUGCUGAUAAAUAUUGCGAUUGAACAAAUGCUGUCGUACUCGGAACCAGAAUUAGGUGUUCAACUCAUGGGAGUCAUUCGAUUACUUUUAGAUCCGGAGAAUAUGCUGACAGAGAAAACUGAUUUUCUGAAUUUUUUCUACAAACACAGCAUACAAACGCUCAUUGCCCAACUACUACUUAACACAAUGGGUGAUACGCCACAGAACGAAGAUUAUCAAACAGUUCAGUUACUCGGUUUGGUGUUAGAAUUGCUUUCAUUUUGCGUUGAGCAUCACACUUAUCACAUCAAGAAUUUCAUUCUACAAAAGGAUCUAUUGAAAAGAGUUCUUGUACUGAUGAAAAGCACACAUACGUUCCUCGUAUUGGGCGCACUUAGGCUUCUACGAAAAAUCAUAGCACUUAAAGAUGAAUUUUACAAUAGGCAUAUAGUUAAAGGUAAUUUAUUCGCACCAGUUGUAGACGCAUUCAUUAGAAAUAAUGGCAGAUACAAUUUGCUCGAGUCAGCCAUUUUUGAAUUGUUUGAGUUUAUCAAAGUUGAGGACAUUCGGAGUUUAUACACAUAUGUGGUAGAGAAUUUUUGGAAAAUUUUCGACGAAAUUGAGUAUGUUCAAUUAUUCAAGCACAUAAAAGCCCGCUACGAUCAACAACAAGAGAUGCUGAAAGAACGCGACAAGAUUUUGGACAGUAUUCCGAUGAUCAGAAAUAUUCGUUAUCGGCGCGAUCAAAGACAACUCGAAGAAGAAGAGGAGAUUUGGUUUAACGAAGAGGAUGAUUUUUCAGAUGUGGUUCCAACGAGCAAAACUGAUAUCGAAACAUAUAUCAUAUUUUCAUGUAUAGCCGAUAAAAAUCUUAACGAAAAGAAUGGUCCGACCAGCAAGCAACUAACAAUGACAUCGACGACAACAACGACGAAUGCACAUACAUCACCUUCGUCGAAUACAACCAGUUCGCCAUCGUCAUCUUCACCAAUUGAAGAUCAGACAGACCAAAUACAAGAAGCCGAAAGUGCUGAAAGGCCGUCACAAUUGUCUGAAGAAUCAGAACAUGAUCCAGAACCAGAUCAGGAACAAUUAGAUCAAUCACAAAGCCCGCCGAAACCGCCUCUGUCCGAAUUCAAUGACAAUAGCUCGGAAGAAAAUCAUCGGAGUGACUCGAAUUCAUUAGCGAUAGAAAAUCAUACAAGUACAGAAAGUUCAGACGACUCCCCAAAGCAAGCCGCAUCAUCUGUAUCCUUGAAGACGUGUUUGGUGGAUUACGAGGGAGAUUCAGAUGAGGACGAUGAUGACGAUAAUUCACAUUUACCGAAAAAGGCUCGUAUCGAAUAACCCGUUUCAUCUGUGUUUGGUACGCAUAGAAUUCAUCUUCCGGCAAUCAGUUAUCAACAUCUAUAGGGGCAAUUAAAGCUAUUUCAAAAUCAAUCCACACAUAUAUAGAACGAGGAUGAACAUGUUUAAAAUUGUAAAAGGCAAAGAAAAAAAUCAAUCAUUUUUUCUUUCAUAAAAGUAAAAAAAAACACACACACAAACACAAACAAAACAAACUUUUUUUAAUAUGUGCUAAUGUUGUUUAGCAAACAAAAUAUUUUUUGUACGUAUCGUCAGAAUAAAUUGGACAUUAAUAAACAAUCUUAUCAUAAUGAUUGAAAUAUCGAUAACGUAAACAUA